AUGAGCUAUUCAUCUUACCCGCACUUCAGCACAGGUCCGGGGUACGAUGACCUCGCCUACAUCGCCAACUUGGAAGGUCUUACCGGCCGAUACAUGCCCGCACUACCAACGGAUCGUCGUCUGAAUGUCAUACUUGGCGAGGGAACUCUGGCUAGCCGAAUCAACAACGUCUCAACAUGGAAGUAUUUCGAAAAGGGCUGCGUUAAGUGGCCACACGGCUUGAGUGACUAUCGCUCCAUCUCGAAAAAUGUCGGUCGUCUUCGCGAUCAGAAGAGCCUUGAGGACCGAAAAAGUAUCUCUGUUCGGUCCGCGUCGGAGCCUGCAGAAAGCAAGCUCGCCACCCUGGAUCGAGCGAGGCGGGUGCUGGACAGAAUCGACCGAACAUAUGGCUUCGCCGACCAGACGGAGACCUGGGAGCAAGUGAUUGAGGGGCUUCUCCAGGACUCCAUAGUGGAGGAGCUAACGAUCAUGGUGAUGCAGCAGACGGCAAACUAUUUGGGACGAUGCAAUCGCAAGCUCGAUGAUUGA